AUGGCGUCUUUUUUAACGACGUUAAGCGAGCUUCUCGCCGCUGGAGUCGGGCUGUCGUAUGGUCUUGGGUUCCUCAUCUUUGCACUCGGGUGGGCCGUCAGGCAGAAAGAGUAUUGGUCGGCGCCGUCCAACGAUCAGAAAGUUCGGCUACGUCAGGCAUCGCGACAUCUCUGGUCCCUUUCUGAAGAGGUUGCAGGGCCCGCAAAGCACAACUUCCUUCAGUUGCCUGACGGACCGCAGCUGCACUACUUGACACCUUUACGGCCUUCUUCGAGUGUCAACAAGCUCAUUGUGCUCCUGCAUGGAUUUCCAGACUCGGCCUUUCUGUUCAAACGACAGCUCAAUUCAGCUCUGGCAGAUGAGGCUCAACUCGUAGCGUUGGAUCUCCCUGGUUGUGGAGGAAGCGAUAGUCUGGCCUCGUACGAACCGGAUCAAAUGCUGAACACGAUAGCCAGCGCCAUCGUUCUCUUGAAGCAGCAGUACCUGAAAGGUACACCAGGGUCGUAUUGCCUUCUAGUGGGACAUGAUUGGGGAGGCGUCAUUGCAUACCGUAUCGCGGCGGAGACUGAACAGCUUGUGGAUCGUGUUGUUACCAUCAAUGCGCCGUACAUGGCGUACACCGCCAGUGUUCUGAGGUCGCACGUGUCGAACGCCAGAACCUUGCUCUCGCAGUUGUGUUUCGGCGAGGCAAUGCGCGAGUUGAACCCUGUCAUGUCGCAGAUUCGCAAGUCUGGCUACACGUACAUGUUGACGCUGCCACUCCCGCUCGCCAGGAGAAUGCCUCAGCUAGCUGCUUGCUUGGUCAAGUUUGUGCAACGCAUGGAGCAUGGGCAUCACGGCGAGCCGAGUCCAGACGAGGUCGCCAUGCGUCUUGCUAUGGCAUAUGGUCCAAGUUCUCUUGAACAGGAGACGGCCAGUAGCUCCAGCUCCAGCUCCAGCUAUGGUUCAUCUGUUUUUGCCCGGUCACAGACCCAGCCGCCGGGUGACUGGGACCAGAAGGUAUUGUUAUAUUCUGCUGGCCUCUUGUUAGGGCAGUGGACGCCAUCAUUUGCUGGUCAUCGAGUAUCCCAAGAUGUCCCUGGUGGACUGGCGCACUUCAAGUGCCCUGUCGAUAUCAUUUUUGGCAUGCAGGAUGUCGCCCUGGACUCGAGGGCUGUGGUGGAUGGAAUUGAAAGCUGUUUCGUGCCUGGAUCGGGUAGCAUAUCGCGAUUGCCUGAUUGUGGACAUUGGUCUAUUAUACAGGAUGGUGGUGCGGAUGCUUUGGAACUGAAGCUCCAGUCGGUCUUGCAAGAUAAUUAA